GCAAUGGGAUGAGAUGCAGUGGGAUGGGAUGUGAUGUGAUGGGAUGGUAUGGAGUCAAAAGUGUUUAGGGACUAGUGGGACUCAGGUGGGACCGCUCUAUCUCAUCUUCCUUCUAUCCUGCUCCCACAGGAUCAUCUCCAGCAACAGAUCCCACAUUGUCAAGCUGCCCCUCAGCAGGCAGCUGAAGUUCAUGCACACCUCGCACCAGUUCCUCCUGCUGAGCAGCCCCCCAGCCAAGGAGGCCCGGUUCCGCACCGCCAAGAAGCUCUACGGCAGCACUUUCGCUUUCCAUGGCUCUCACAUUGAGAACUGGCACUCCAUCCUGCGCAACGGGCUGGUCAACGCGUCCUACACCAAGCUGCAGCUGCAUGGAGCAGCCUAUGGCAAGGGCAUCUAUCUGAGCCCCAUCUCCAGUAUUUCCUUUGGAUACUCAGGGAUGGGGAAAGGGCAGCACCGGAUGCCUUCAAAGGACGAGCUGGUGCAGAGGUACAACCGGAUGAACACCAUCCCCCAGACCCGCUCCAUCCAGUCCCGCUUCCUCCAGAGCCGUAACCUGAACUGCAUCGCGCUUUGCGAAGUCAUCACCUCCAAGGACCUGCAGAAGCACGGCAACAUCUGGGUCUGCCCCGUCUCGGACCACGUCUGCACCCGCUUCUUCUUUGUGUACGAAGACGGCCAAGUGGGAGACGCCAAUAUCAAUACUCAGGACCCCAAAAUCCAGAAGGAGAUCAUGCGUGUGAUCGGGACUCAGGUGUACACAAACUGAACAGCGGGGACCCUGCUGCGGGGUGCUGAGCGACGGCCCCGGUCAGGGAUGGGCGCGUGGGGUGGGCAGUGGGCGCUGGUGUGGGGAUGCCGGAGGGUCGCAGUGGGGCCACGGCUCCCCCCUGCACAUAGGCGAACAGUGGGGAGCAGGCUGCCAGUUCCCUUGUCCCCUACACCCCAUCCCCGACCCCGUGCUGGUGGCCGUCCCUCCUCGCGUUUGUGGCGAUGGCGUUUUUAUUGAUGAGAAACCGAAGCAAAAAAAACCCAAAGGAAUAGAUGCAAACAAACAAAAAAAAAAAAAAAAAGAGGAAAGCGAUCUGUUGUGAUGGC